CCAGAAUUACCACCGACCCGGCCCACCUCCUCCUCCCCUCAUCGCUACCCUCGCACGCCACCGUCAACCAGCGCCGCCGAGCACGCCCUCCACCGGAGCGCUUCGCCUCGAACUCUUCUCUCCUGGUCCUAGUCGUCCUCCUACCCCGCUCUACCGGAAUGGCGUCGAGUGGAGAUCCACCCGGAUCUGCUGAUGAGAAGAAAAGUCCAAAACCAGAAGGAUCAUCCAAUGAACGUCAAGGGGUUCCUCCAGCAGGCUUUUCGAAUCCUUUUGAUUUUGCUUCGAUGCAAAGUUUGCUCAAUGAUCCAUCUAUAAAGGAGAUGGCAGAUCAAAUUGCAAGGGAUCCUGCAUUCAACCAGAUGGCUGAGCAGCUACAGAAAGGUGCUCAGACUGCAGGAGAACAGGGUAUGCCUCCAUUGGACCCUCAACAAUACAUGGAAACAAUGCAAAAGGUCAUGGAGAACCCCCAGUUUAUGACAAUGGCAGAGCGUCUUGGGAAUACUCUUAUGCAGGAUCCUGCUAUGUCCAAUAUGCUGGAAAGCUUCUCUAGUACAUCACAUAAAGAGCAGCUGGAAGAGCGCAUGUCUCGCAUUAAGGAAGACCCAGCUUUGAAGCCAAUUCUUGAUGAGUUAGAGAAUGGUGGUCCUGCUGCAAUGAUGAAGUACUGGAACGACCCAGAAACUCUUCAAAAGAUUGGCCAGGCAAUGGGAGCUAGCUUCCCAUUCGGCGCUGGUUCUUCUGCUGAACCUUCAGGUACUGAAGAAACUGAGGAGGAAGGUGGGUAUGAAGAUGAAUCCAUGGUCCAUCACACUGCCAGUGUUGGUGAUGACGAGGGUUUGAAGAAGGCUCUAGAUGGCGGAGCAGAUAAGGAUGAAGAGGACUCCGAGGGAAGAAGGGCCUUACAUUUUGCAUGUGGAUAUGGUGAGUUGAAGUGUGCCCAGAUCCUCCUUGAGGCAGGUGCUGCAGUGGAUGCUUUGGAUAAGAACAAAAACACCCCACUGCAUUAUGCUGCUGGCUAUGGCCGCAAGGAGUGUGUCGAUCUUCUUUUAAAGCAUGGUGCUGCUGUCACGCUCCAAAACUUGGAUGGGAAGACACCCAUCGAUGUUGCCAAGCUCAACAACCAGGAAGAGGUUCUCAAGUUGCUUGAGAAGGAUGCCUUCCUUUAAAUCCCAUGGCUCUCAUAGACACAUCACGCAUGGACUUUUGGUUCCAGCAUGAUCAUGUUUUACAUCGGUUGGCUUCAUUUGGAUUGUCGAUUGCUCAUAUCAGCAUUUUAUCUGUUCAGUAAGAAUUGAUAUCUGGUUUAGCUAGCUGCUAGCCUGCAGCAAUUCAUGCUUACAGUGAAGGGGCAGCUAUAGAACUGCCCUGUUAUGGUCGACGGUGACUUGUGUAUCCUCCGAUUUGUUUAUGUUGUUUUCACGAGAGCAGUCAGAUUGUUUAUACACCAGUUUAAUUAUUUUGGUGUCCAAGGUCAUCUGGACAAAUUGCA